GCCCUCCUCGCUUACACGCACAGAUACACACACGCAGUCAUGGCGAAGGUUCUGCCGCCGCCGCCGCUGCUGUUAAUGUUGUUGUUGAUACUGACGCUAAGUCUUAGAGGCGCAGCAAACACCACCUUGGCUUCGGUCUGUCGUGCUGACAUAGUUGUGAAGAAAAGACAAACACGAGUCAUCUUCUCCAAGGUCUUUGAAUACCCUGUAAGUUUCUGGAAAGAUUUGGAAGUGAAGCCUGGAAGAGAAUUUUGGGGCGUCUAUCUUGCGGUGCUGGGGAGUGACGGCACUCACCACACUGCCUCGUUCCCUGCCAAGGGAUGCUUCCCGAGCGAUGACUGGUGGGCUUUCAGCUGGGUGACAUGGCUGUACGCAGAAAAGUUUGUACUGACGAUUAAGUAUGGUAAAUGCAUGAAGGGGUGCAGGCUGAACAUUGUCCCGCGAGGCCUCUACAACGUCAGCGUGGAGGCUCAGGGCACUUCCAGCUGGAGAGAGAUUAUGUCAGGCAUCGCCUGUGAACGGAAACAUUUUAUAGGGCCUUAUGAACUUCCUUCCAUAUCCCAUUGCAUGGAAUCUUCAACCACCAUGGCCAUUCCUCUAGUAAGGACUAAUUUUAUACUGCCCGUGGUGGUGGCCGUGGUGGUGGCAGUGGUGGUGGCAGUGGUGGCAGUGGUGGUGGUGGUGGCCUGUCGGAAGAAUCGUUUGACAUCAUCAAAUGAGGCGAGGCUCCAGCCCCAGCCUGCCGCUCCCAGCCGCCACCUGCAGUUCACCAAGGGCCAGGGACGCACCCCAAACCAAGACGAGGAAGCCAUCUAUUACGAAAUCCUGCCUGACCUCUCAGAACGCCGAGUGGUGGUGAUGCCGGCUCCACAGGACUCAGAGAAACCCGUCUACGAUGACGUAUUACCUGAACAUGGCGUGCGGCCUCAUCCACCUGUCUACGAGAACGUACCUCUUCCUGGUGGUGGUGCCUCCCCUCACGGGCUCCAGGAGGCUCCGGAAGUCAAUGAGUCACACAUCUACGCCACGGUGCUGUAGACAACGUGCACCGCAGCCUGGAAAAUACAGUCAGAAGACUGUAAGGAAACCAAUUUCUGAGUCUUGUAAAAGAGCACCACUGGGACGUUUGUCCCUCAAGUGUGUGCCAAUGAUGUCUUUUGAUUUGCUUAGCUUGGUUUGUUUUAGCAAAACUUAUCUUUGUUUGUUGUUUUGUCCAAGAGUGGCCUUGGUUGAAUGGUGCAGGCCAGUGGCCAGUGUGCACUCCCUGCUGGGGCACCGGGCCAGUGUGCACUCCCUGCUGGGCCACCGGGCCAGUGUGCACUCCCUGCUGGGCCACCGGGCCAGUGUGCAUUCCCUGCUGGGGCACCGGGCCAGUGAACACUCCCUGCUGGGCCACCGGGCCAGUGUGCACUCCCUGCUGGGGCACUUGCUAUGUGUUGCAAUGCCAAUGUAAUAAACACUAGAG